GGAGUGAGCACAACAUGAGGCCAGGAAGCGUGAACAGCGACAGACGAGACGGGAGCAGUCAGUGUGGAGACAAGAGACGAUCACGAGCGCCACACACAACGCCACAGCCUGAGCAGCGCCUCCUAGAGCUCCUCACCCUCACCCCUCCACACCCUCACAGCUCCACACCCUCUCAGCUCCACACCCUCACCCCUCCACACCCUCACAGCUCCACACCCUCACAGCUCCACACCCUCUCAGCUCCACACCCCUCACAGCUACGAUACAAAGAUCAAAACUGCUGUUGCUUCAGUAAACGGUCCCAGCAGAGUGGUGACGGUCCCAGCAGAGUGGAGACGGUCCCAGCAGAGUGGUGACGGUCCCAGCAGAGUGGUGACGGUCCCAGCAGAGUGGUGACGGUCCCAGCAGAGUGGUGACGGUCCCAGCAGAGUGGUGACGGUCCCAGCAGAGUGGUGACGGUCCCAGCAGAGUGGUGACGGUCCCAGCAGAGUGGAGACGGUCCCAGCAGAGUGGAGACGGUCCCAGCAGAGUGGUGACGGUCCCAGCAGAGUGGAGACGGUCCCAGCAGAGUGGUGACGGUCCCAGCAGAGUGGAGACGGUCCCAGCAGAGUGGUGACGGUCCCAGCAGAGUGGUGACGGUCCCAGCAGAGUGGAGACGGUCCCAGCAGAGUGGAGACGGUCCCAGCAGAGUGGUGACGGUCCCAGCAGAGUGGUGACGGUCCCAGCAGAGUGCAGACGGUCCCAGCAGAGUGGUGACGGUCCCAGCAGAGUGGAGACGGUCCCAGCAGAGUGGAGACGGUCCCAGCAGAGUGGUGACGGUCCCAGCAGAGUGGAGACGGUCCCAGCAGAGUGGUGACGGUCCCAGCAGAGUGGAGACGGUCCCAGCAGAGUGGUGACGCUCCCAGCAGAGUGGAGACGGUCCCAGCAGAGUGGUGACGGUCCCAGCAGAGUGGUGACGGUCCCAGCAGAGUGGUGACGGUCCCAGCAGAGUGGUGACGGUCCCAGCAGAGUGCAGACGGUCCCAGCAGAGUGGUGACGGUCCCAGCAGAGUGGUGACGGUCCCAGCAGAGUGGUGACGGUCCCAGCAGAGUGGUGACGGUCCCAGCAGAGUGGUGACGGUCCCAGCAGAGUGGUGACGGUCCCAGCAGAGUGGUGACGGUCCCAGCAGAGUGCAGACGGUCCCAGCAGAGUGCAGACGGUCCCAGCAGAGUGGUGACGGUCCCAGCAGAGUGCAGACGGUCCCAGCAGAGUGCAGACGGUCCCAGCAGAGUACCAGAGUGAGCAAUGCAGACUUGACUCCAGUAACGUCAGUCAGUGACAUCCCUGCAGAAGAUAUAUUAUUAUAUAAGAGUCAACGAACAAAAUACUGACAUAUAAUAUGGGAGAUCCAUCAGGAAAAUGUGAUGCUUGAACGACAAGGAAAACAAAUGACGAUCAUGAUAAAGCCAAUUAUGAAAAACAGAAUUAGGUAAGAAAAGUGAAUCAAGUAAUUUCCCCGAGAUAUAUGAAUAUUUCGUUACAUUAUUCUUCAUUACAUUACACUUGUUGAGAUUAAAUUCCAGCAACCACUUGUUUGCGUCGUAUUGCCGCGUACGAGCUCACUUCCUUAGGUAGAUCAUUCACAUAACUUGGGAACAGUAAUGGUCCCAGGACUGACCUCUGGGGGACCCCACUUGUUACACUCCUCCAGCGGGAGACCCGCGCUCUGACUGCCCUUCAGGUACACCCGUACUCAGUGUAUUGUCUUCCCAGUUAUCCAAGUCUGCUGCUGCAUCUUGUUAACUACCUAUCGCGAGGAACAGCAGCAACUGCUUCUUGAUCGUCUAGGAAAAUACAAUCUAUCCAGCCUUCGUUUUUGUGAGCAGGAUGGUGCAGGUUGUGGGGCUGCUCACUGCUGAGGACAGGAUAGUUGGCGGGAACGAGGCCGACAUAAUGGGCGACGACGUCCUCAGCCGCCUCCGUCACCUACGAAGCACUCUUAACGAGUGUCGGCGCAGUGUUGAGCGGGUCGACGGCUACCUCCUUCACCGCCACAUUCUUCCCGCCGGCGACACCUUCUUUCCAACAUUCCCUGAAGACCCCUUCACACCACACACGAAACCUGGAGACCAUCUUAUACAUCAGCCGCUCCUUGGGGACUCCUUGGUAUCUCACGCUCAUACAGAUGGUGCUCUCAAGUCUCAUGUUAAUCUUGAGGACGCCCUCGAACCCCGUGCCAACCCUGAGGACGCCCUCGAACCCCAUGCCAACCCUGAGGACGCCCUCGAACCCCAUGCCAACCCUGAGGACGCCCUCGAACCCCAUGCCAACCCUGAGGACGCCCUCGAACCCCAUGCCAACCCUGAGGACGCCCUCGAACCCCGUGCCAACCCUGAGGAGGCCCUCGAACCCCAUGUCAACCCUGAGGACGCCCUCGAACCCCAUGCCAACCCUGAGGACGCCCUCGAACCCCAUGCCGACCCUGAGGAGGCCCUCGAACCCCAUGCCAACCCUGAGGAGGCCCUCGACCUCCCGGUUAUCCUUACUGAAGGUGGCAGCUGGGACACACAGUCUGAGCACGCAUACUCAAUGGCUGACGAGGCCACCACCCGCUCUGAAGACAUCCACCACUCCAGGAAUGUCUAUGAUGAGGAACCUUCUGGUGCCGCCCGAACACGCCCUCACUACGCCGUCUUGCCUCCUGGGGAGCCUCUCACUUCCUCAACCAAACAACUCAAAAUGAGUGUUCAAGAAGACCAGCAACAGAAAACGAAGAACGAAGAAGCGAACAUUGAAGAACAAACAAAUCUGUCUCAGAUGAUGCGCAAAGAUCCGAUGUCGGAAGUGAAAGAGGCUGAAGAACAUGUGGACCGGACACAGUGGACAGUAAUGGUCGGAGAGCUGGCAGAAGACCUGGACAUUUUUAAAGACGUAGUUGAAGACGUCAUUACCGUGGGAAGGUUGCGGCGGAAGCUGAUAAAACAACCUAAUAUAGAAGAUGAUGAAGGGAUAAUAAGCCAUAAUGAUCUGGAAGAUAAGCUAGGGACGAGAGACAUCUAUGGACAAAAGUCUGAAGAAUCUAAACUAAUAAGAACAAUUAGCCAUGAAGAGUUGCGUGUUCUGGGAGAGGCGGAAGAGAGAGAGCCGCGGGACGGAGACUCACGCUCGCUCGCUGACCUUCACUUGUCACAGUCCGCACAUCAUCACUGUAACACCUGUGUUGAUUUGAACCUUGAGAAGGUGAAAUGUUUUAUCAUAUCCCUGCAGAAUAGUCUCGGAUACUCCGUAACGACAGUUCGACGUCACCAUCGCACGACCUCUGGUGGGUCGCCGAGAGAGACAGAAACAACGACCGACCUAAUGGCUGCUGCUCGUCCAGCUCCAGCGCCUACUUCCGGGUCAUCCACCGGUCCACUUGGUCCACUUGGCGUUCACUCACAACCCAAAGAGUUCUCAUCCCAGGCGCGACACCCACCACUCUCACACUGCUCCCAUGAGGCACAUCUCUCAUCUUGCCCUACCCACCCCCUCCUAGGAAGGAGUAAGUGGCACCUUAAAGACUCUCUCGCCAUCGUCGUGGUAAUAUUACUGUUGCUGUUGGUGCUAAUAUUUCUUGCAUGUUGCCUCAUGCUGGUGGUUCCCGUCGUCACUAUCAGGAGCCUGCAGGGGCCUGCCGCCUUCUAGGGC